UGUAUGGCGUUGUUUCAAAGGUAUGUUUUUGUAAUGUUUCAUUCCUUUCCACGAAGUAUCGUUUACGGUUGUUAGUUCUUCAUAUAGAGCAUUAUUUAAGAGCAUAUUCUAGUUGUAAACCUAGAAAUUUUGCACAUUUGCUGGAUUAAUAAACGAUGUAGUUGUGGUGUUAAAUUAUAUGUCAUGUGGCGGCGUACUUGUAGCAUGCCAACAUUUUGUUUUUGUUGUCUAGAGGAAGUUUCAUUGUCUCAUGCAACACAGAACGUAGUCAUAGCUGUGAAAAUAAUUAAACAUGUGUAUUUUAGUGACCGCUAACUGUGAGGAAUUGAAAAUGAACUCUUUUGCUUUCGUUUGAUCGUUGGUCUCCAGUAGACGUCUGUAAUUCUGUAUAAUAUUUUAUAUUGUACAUAUCGAGUUUCGCUCUUUCAUGUUAUUGUUAUAUUAUGAAUAUAAUAUGUCGAUAAAAAGCGAAUAAUUGUGGCAAAUAUGCAAUUUAUAGAUUCAUUUCUAUAAAUGAGUAAUGUAUGUAUAAGUGAUGUUAAAUACAUUUCAUGUUUAGCAAUAGUCCAUGGCCACAUGUUGUAAUUUAUAAUUAUUCUUCUACUAUUAGUAUUGUACUAUUGCUGAUGAAUAUGACUAUAAAGAAUCAUAAACAAAGUCGGUUAUACUUUGAAGUUGAAUGUCUAUUAAUUUACGAACAAUGAUUCGCAAACGAGCGCCAUUAUAGUCAGAAUGAAGGUAUAUUAAUAAAUAAUGUAAAAAAGAAUAUUCCUUGCUAAUCAAGCAUCCUGUCUGUGUCAACAAACGUGUAAAAGUCGUGCAAAUUGUACAUUUGCCAUAAGCAUACAUAGACUUAACUUUAAAUUAAAGGAAAUUCAAUAUAAAUGAAUUGUGGGGGUUUGCAUUGUGCAUAUAAAAUAUGCAUUUGAUAUCUACUAAGACUCUAAGUAUAAGAAUUCUAAACUGAUUGCAUUAUAUCCAAGCGACCUCGCAAGCGACAAUCAACGCUUGUAGUUGUUCGAUCAAAGAAUAUCUAACACCAGCCAAACAACUAUUACAGUAAAGGCUGAUUGAAAUGUAUGUUUAUGCAGUUCGAAAGCUUUGCCUGCACUUACAUAUCAAAUCCACUUAUACAUCCUGAAAUCAAGAAAGGCCUUUAUAGUUCGAACGUCGAACAUUUCAUGUGCCCACCUAAUGCAAAUAUAAACAAUACGUUUCCGUCAAUUAUGAGAUGCACACGAUAUAAAGCAUAUUGAUUAUUGUUUUGAACAUCGCCUUAAUCUGAACUUUCAUUUUUCAGCGAACUGUCAAAUAAAGAUGAUGAGUGAAAUUGGCUAAAGUUUCUAUUUUGCCAUGUUCUCAAACAUUAACAAACGACUUCGAUCUAUUUUCAAACUAAAGGUCACUUUAACCGUUUUUGUCAUCCUGUCGAUUACUCUCGCGUUUGCGAACUUUUUUAUCUUGAUAUCUUUGAGGACAACUGCUCAUGGCCAACCUGAAAGUCUGCUACAGUCUGUGUUUCUUAUCCACUUUCACAAAAAUGUGUCCGUGUUUGCUCGCGAGGAUCAUAACAAACGCGACGAUGAUUUGCAUAAAUCGAGGGGGAUAAAGAAAGCAGAUGCAGUGAACAGAAGUGAUGGCAGAGAAAGAAUACGAGAUGAAUUGCGUGCGUCAGAAAGGACGCCAGAAACUGGGCAUUUUAAGACCCACUCAAAAGUUAAACAGAUAACAUCACAUAAAGCUGGAAAAGCUGGAAUAAUGUUUAAAGAUAAGAUAAGUGAAAAAAUACGUCCAUCAACCAGAGGUCUCUUGAGUAGCAAUUGUACAGCGUGGUGUCGCCGUGGUAACGGACUGAAACCUCCAUACUUGCUAACAGCGGUCUUACUCGUACGUAUAUACCGCCAUGACUUGGCUAAACUCUCCAGUCGUGAAAUGAUUCAAUGGCUGCAGUAUUUACGUUAUGCUGGCUUCCAGCACGUCUAUGUUUACGACGCGUAUGUGAAACCAUCCGAAUCACAGCGUGACGUCAUCAAACCGUUUGUCCAAUCAGGUUUCGCCACGUACAUUGAUUGGAGUAUUCAUAAUCCAUACACGAUACAGGGCACACAAGUUGCAGCCUACCAAGAUUGCAUUGAUAAGUUUGGGAGAGAUUCAAAAUGGCAAGCUGCGAUAGACAUUGAUGAGUAUCCAUUUAGUCCACGUGAUUUGGACGAGAACUUUAUGUCGCGAUUUCUAGAUGAAUAUUCCAGAAAUAAUCCCGAUGUUUCCGAGAUUUCAAUGAAGAAUUAUCUAUUUCUAGGAAAACCGAUUGAUGAUGCAAUAGAACCUUUCUUAGUGGCCCGCAUUAGACGGAGAACGGAUAAGCCCGCGAACCCACUUGUUAAACCUAUAUACAAGCCAGCGGCAAUCGCAUGGGCCCAGGUGCAUCAUAAUGGAAUGAAGACCGGGUCUAGUAUGGAUAGUCCCCAACACAUGUUACGUAUGAACCAUUACUGGGGAGCUAGGUUACAAAACUGGGGAGAUGACACGCCCAAAAUCCUCGAUAUGACUGAGCCUGAUUACACAAUUGAACCUAUAGUCAAAAGAAUGAAGCAAUGUGCUAGCUGUUUCGGGCAGGAUGGUUUGUAUGUUACAAGAUGGGCGUAAACUAGGAUUGUGACUUUACAUGGCACAAUUGAACCUAUAAUCAAAAGAAUGAAACGUUGUGCUAGCUACUCAAUUUGGCUGGAUGAUUUGUGAUUCGAAAAGAUGAGCGUAAACUUUGUCCAGAAAGACGUUAAUUAAGCCUGUAGUGCAGACAAUGAAGCAAUGUGCUUCAGUAUAGUUGGCUAUAGUAUAGUUAGAUUUUAGAGCGUGAAUUUUAUCAAAUCAAGAAUAAAGUAUUUUAAUAUAUAGGCUAAGCACG